UACACGAGUUCAAAUUGCAUCGAAGAACCAAAAACACUCUAAAGAGUUGGAUUUGACUCGGUUAUAGCAACAUACUUACGCCAUUGUUCUGCUCUACUCUGCUCUGGCUGCUAAUGCGCUUAUAGUUAUUGAGAUUGUGUUUGUUAUCACCAUCACCGUGGGGUAAAAACAAUGGCGUAUGAGCUAAAUGAGCAAAAGAAGGUUGGCUUGGGCCUUAUUGGAUUUGGCAUAUUUUUCUCCUUACUUGGUGUAAUACUAUUCUUUGAUAGAGGUUUGCUUGCCUUGGGAAAUAUCUUUUGGUUGACUGGAGUAGCCCUUUUACUUGGUUGGGGCGCUACAUGGAGGCUUUUUACCAACCCAGCAAAUUACAAGGGUUCUAUAUCUUUUCUUCUCGGGCUAUUUUUUAUUUUCGUUCGAUGACCCAUAGUUGGUAUAAUAUGUGAAAUAUAUGGUUGUUUUGUUCUCUUUGGUGGUUUUUGGCCAUCUGUGAAGGUGUUCUUGUGUCAAAUUCCAAUUGUGGGAUGGAUCAUAAGCUAUCUAUUCUGAUUCUUGAUUGUCUAAAAUGACAUUCCGAUUGAUCAUCUGUCAGACUGUCAGUUUUCAUCUUGCA